AUGGCGCGAACCAGAGGGGCCAAGUCUUCCUCUCCUUCAAGUCGCAAGCAAAGCUUGCGAAAGGAGCCAGUUCCAGAUCCCGUUUCUAAGCCUUCGCAGCCAAGAGCAGUUCCUCCUCCAGUGAAGCCCGCGCCGCCGGCGAGGCGUUACCUUACCAGGUCAGGGGGUCGGCCACUACAAAAGAGACCCAGGGUUGAAAGCUCAGAACCCAUUGACUUGACUGAGCAAUCUCUAGAGCCCUCGUCGGUUCCAACUCCAGUUCCCUCGCCGAUUCCCUCGCCAAUUCAGCCUCCGGUGCCAUCUCCGGUGCCGCAAGCAGAACCACAGGAGCCUCAGCCACCAAUUCCAAAGCCCCAAAUUCCAGCUGAAAUAGCUCCGGAAGAAAGCUCCACCAGCUACUCCAGCUUCAUCUCAGCAUCCACUUCAGUUGAGCCGAGGAUGGCCAUACCCAUUUCUGAAUAUCGAGAGCAGCUCCAGCUUCAUUUCGACCUGCCACCAGCUGUUGAGCCCUCUACAUCUACCACAGCAGAGCCACACUCUCAUCCUCCAGAGCCUCAGGCCCCAUCUGAAGCACCAGCUGAAGAGGCAGACCCAUCUGCCUAG